ACAACCACCGUGGUCACUACUAUUGCUGCUAUGAGCAACAGUCCUCUACUACUGCUGCUGCUACGGCCACAGCUUAACUGCUACAACCCCAACCACCACCACGGUUGCCAAAACUACGACCAACAGUAACUGCUACUACUGCCAUUUAAGCCACUAAACAUACUGCUGCUGCUAGGACAGCCACAACUUAGCUACCACAACCAAUAAGCUGCUGCAACCCCAACCACCACCACGGUUACUACUACUACGACCAACAAUCACUACUGCUGCUACCAUUCCAUUGGAACACAAGGAAAAAAAAAAUAAGCACAUGGUUCCUUUUGAUACCAGCAAGAAACAAUAAUGAACUUCUUUACUACACUCAACUAUAAUAUAGCGAUUAUACCAACUACCGACAAAACACCACCACAUGGAUUCUAUUGAGACCAAAUAUGAGAUGUUAGUGGUAUAAAGGAGUUUUUACAUCAGAUACAUCAUGAAUAUUGAUCAUCAUUUGAAGACUAAUGGAAGAUAUUAUAAAUAAUAUAUAUAACCCUGUUUCUAUAACAAAUCUCUGGUAAAUAACUGAAAUGUUUCUUCUGAAUUAAUAGCAACAUUUGCUUUCCUCCAUUGCCAGGAAUAUAUACUUGGAAAAAUCUGUAAAGGUGUUUGCAUUACCUUCAGAUAUUCACGAAGAUUAGAUUUGCUCUAAUUAUAGCUGUAGAACUUUUUGUAUCAACAGAGAAAUAUAUAAAGAAGAAAGAAAAACUGAACAAUAAUGAAUCCUCAAGAGGUGACAAAAGAAAGUGAAAAAUUAUCAUACCAAUGUGAUAUCUGUAAAAAGUUUCUAUCUAGUAAGGGAAAUCUCACUAUUCACAAACGUAUUCAUGCAGGAGGAAAGCAAUAUCACUGUGAUAUCUGUGGAAAGCCUUUUAUGGUGAAAAGUAACCUUACCAGACACAAAUACAUUCAUAGUGAAGAGAAACCAUAUUUUUGUGAUAUCUGUGGUAAAUCAUUCACUCAAAAAGAUAGCCUUACUUAUCACAAAUCUAUUCAUACAGGAGAGAAACCAUAUCACUGCAAUAUCUGUGGUAAAUCCUUUGCAGUAAGAGGUAAAUUAAAUUCUCAUGAACUUACCCAUACUAAUGAGAGGCCACAUCAGUGUGAUAUUUGUGGUAAAUCUUUCUCUCAUAAGAGUGGCCUUACUUAUCACAAAUCCCUUCAUACAGGAGAGAAACCAUAUCACUGCGAUAUCUGUGGUAAAUCCUUCAUAAUAAGAAGUAAUUUAACUUCUCAUGAACUUACGCAUACUAAUGAGAGGCCACAUCAGUGUGAUAUUUGUGGCAAAUCAUUCUCUCAAAAAAGUAACCUUACCACUCACAAAGCGAUUCAUACAGGAGAGAAACCAUAUCACUGCGAUAUCUGUGGUAAAUCCUUUGUACAAAGACAGCAUUUGACUACUCAUGAAUUUACCCAUAAUAAUGAGAGGCCAUAUCAGUGUGAUAUUUGUGGCAAAUCAUUCUCUCAAAAAUGUCACUUUACUCAUCACAAAUACACUCACACAAGAGAGAAACCAUAUAACUGAUAUUUGUGGUAAAUCAUUCUCUCAUUUGAUCUGACCCUGGACCUGGAAUCAAGUACAUAUACGUCCUUUUGGAAACGAAAUGAGAAGUCGUCUUACAUUAACACAGCUCCCUAUCAUCAAGCCACAGUGUUCAGGAACCUGAUUAAGGGUGUCAGCAGGAGAAACUCCAGAGCAAAGAGAAAUUUGAUGCUACCGCCCAGUACUACAACCAGGCUCUUGCUGCUCGCGGUUUCAAGGAUAAGUCAGAGCCUAGCUCCCCACCACAAGAGAAAGCGCAACUGAAAAGUAAUGGUUCACACUAGGUAAAAUGUUCCUUAGUUUAGUUUCGUCUGUAGCAAUGGAUUCAACAAAAUAUGCAAAAGACAUACAGAGAUUAUGCUUUAGCUAUGCACUUAGUGUAAAAAAGAUUUUAGUAGGUAGGCCCAGCUCCAAGGCUGAGACAGGAUGCUCAUACAGGUGUAACACAACUUGUCCACUACACAGCCACUGCAAUAUGGAAACUGUUGUUUACCAGGUAGAAGUAACAGCACAAGGAGCAAAUGGACAACCAAGUGUGCAGAAAUAUGUGGGGUCAAUGUCAGACCUCGUGAGAAUCCACUUUAAUAACCACACGUCCUUAUACACCAUCUCAGAGAGAUGUAAUGCCAUAACCGCAGGCAAGUACGUCUGGGCUUUGAAAGAAGGCACCAUAGAGUACUGCAUAAAGUGGGUGACCUUAGAAAGAUGCAAGCUAUACAUUAAUAGCAGCAAGUGCAGAUUAUGCUUCUUUGAGAAGAGAUCAAUUUCAAAAGGUACCCAAAGGUAACCUACCUCUGCGCCUCACCAUCAAAUAGGGUUUUGACCAAACCACAUACCAAUGCAUCCAUGUACACAUAUUGACAUCCCUAAAAUGUGGAUACCCUAGAAAAUAAACUCUCCCCCACAGACAUAACCAUUCACACAUAUUGUACCCCCACAUAUACACAAAUUACAGCAAUUGUGUUACUUUUUAUUGAGCAAAUUAAUUUUUUACAUUUUUCCUCAUUUGCAUCAACUCACUAAUUAUGAUGUGAAUCUUUCAUUCAAAUAUUGUUGAUUUAAAUUUAUUUGUUCUGUUUCCAUGUAGAUAUGUCAUUAUGACACUAAUGUAUGACAUUCCAGACUGGGUGUUUCCUACUGGACAUGCUUAGGUAUCCCAGCACCUGCAUCCUUUGUUGCUACGGCUCCACACCUCCAAGAACAAUCUGGAGGCUUAUUACUGUGUUGGAUGGAGGUUGCAAUAUACUUUUCAAAAGCCUUUCCCCUACCAUGCUUAUCAUCCAAACGUGUCCUGUAUGAACCCGUGCAGUUAAUGAUACUGCAUGCUUCUUUUUUGUAAAUUCCUGAAAUUUGAUCUCAUUAAUUUUGAUGAAUAAAUUUAAUAAACUGAAAGGAAAAUAAAGUUGUUUUACUCUUCAAUUAUUUUUCUCUCAUUUUAUAUGCAGACCAUCCAAACAAAUCUUGUGCUGGGGACACAAAGAUAAACUAUAGAAUUUACACCGUUGAUCAAUGUAUGAGAACUGUAACGUUUCUCCAAACUGAUUUACAAUAAAUGUUUAUUUUGAAGCUAUUUAAUUUGUUGAUCUUAUUUAAUAUACAAAA